AUCACUUUGCUAUGCCAGGACGACACGCCCAGAGACCCACCGUCGACGAGACGCUCUGCCGGAGAUGCCAAGAAACGGAGCCCGCUAUCGUGGUGCGCAAUGAGCCACUGUGCAGCGCUUGCUUCAGCAAUUAUGUGCAGACCAAGGUGGUGAAGCGAAUGGAGAGCUUUCGCGUACGCAACGCCGAACCCGGAAACGAGCAGAAACUGCUUUUGCAUCUCUCCUUCGACGCUUGCUCCCUCGCCUUGCUUCACAUCCUAAGCCGGCAUUUGAAGACACAGGUCGCGAAGACCGGGCGGCCUGGCUACAAGAUCAUGGUCCUGCAUGUGUACCAAGGACCACCAGACGCUACAGGCAGUAAUGAUGAUUGCCUUGCGGCAGUGAGAGUCAAAUACCCGGAGCAUGAAUAUCACGCUAUCUCAAUUGCGGAUAUGCUGGCCUUGGAGAAUGUAUCAACCCUACUGUCGCAAACAGCAGCACCAUCGAGCGGAAGUGAUGAUGCUGCACAUGAACGUCUGUCGCAGCUCUUUACAGCCGCAAAAUCAGCGACUUCGCAGCAAGAUCUGAAGCAGCUGCUAAUGCGGCAACUCAUUGUCCAGCAGGCUAAACAACACCAUUGCCGUGCAAUUAUUUGGGAGCAUAGCACUACCAGGCUAGCUGAGCAAGUCCUCGCAGAGACCGCCAAGGGUCGUGGCUUCUCAUUACCAUGGGUAGUCAAUGACGGAGCUUCGCCUCAUGGCAUACCCUUCUACUUUCCACUUCGAGAGGUGUUGAACAAGGAGGUGGAUGCGUACCUUUCUUGCUUGGAUCCGCCGCUUGGCAUAUCGAUACAACGAGCCACUAGACCGGCAGUCAGUACUAAGAACACCACCAUUGACGAACUCAUGGCACAGUACUUCGAAAGUGUAGAGCAAGAGUAUCCUUCCAUCGUCGCGAAUGUGGUCCGGACGACAGGCAAACUGAGUUCUGCGACAGCAGUAGCACAAGUCGAGCAACAAUGCGAGCUUUGUGCUAUGCCAUUAGAGGGCCAGGCCCCCGCGAGAAGCAGACUUUGUUACGGGUGCAUCCGAGUCUUGCCUCAGACCAGUGAAUGA